AAAUAAAUUGGUCUCUAGUCUCUUACGUUAGAACAAAAAAGAGUGAAUGAGUGAGAGUGUUGUGUGGUGUCACCAUAACCUUAACCCCUUCACCAUUCUCAUAGGAUACCACAAACCCUCCUUUUCCUUUUCGACACACACUCUCUCUCUUUCUCUCUUCCUUCACUGUUCUUUCUGAUCCUACAUUUGACUCUGCCAUCAAAAAACAGUGCUUAAGAAAUUAUGGAAACUACCUCAGUUUCCAAAUUUCUGUUUCUUUUUGUUUCCCUUACAUUGUUCUUGGCUGUUUACUCUGAUGUUACAUAUGACAGAAAAGCAAUUAUCAUCAAUGGCCAAAGGAGAAUCCUUUUUUCUGGUUCCAUACAUUAUCCUAGAAGCACCCCAGAUAUGUGGGAAGAUCUGAUUUACAAAGCUAAAGAAGGAGGUUUGGAUGUAAUUGAAACCUAUGUGUUUUGGAAUGUUCAUGAACCUUCUCCUGGAAAUUACAAUUUUGAGGGAAGAAAUGACCUUGUGAGGUUUAUUCAGACAGUACAUAAAGCAGGACUAUAUGCUCAUUUAAGAAUUGGACCUUAUGUUUGUGCUGAAUGGAAUUUUGGAGGUUUUCCUGUUUGGCUCAAGUAUGUUCCUGGCAUAAGCUUUAGACAAGACAAUGAACCUUUCAAGAAAGCAAUGCAAGGGUUCACUGAGAAGAUUGUGGGAAUGAUGAAGAGUGAACGUCUCUAUGAGUCACAGGGUGGCCCUAUAAUCCUCUCUCAGAUUGAGAACGAGUAUGGGGCACAGAGUAAAAUGCUUGGACCUGUUGGCUAUAAUUACAUGAGCUGGGCUGCGAAAAUGGCUGUUGAAAUGGGAACUGGGGUUCCAUGGAUUAUGUGCAAGGAAGAUGAUGCUCCAGAUCCAGUGAUAAACACUUGUAAUGGCUUUUAUUGUGAUAAAUUUACUCCCAAUAAACCCUACAAGCCUACAAUGUGGACAGAAGCUUGGAGUGGCUGGUUUUCAGAAUUCGGAGGUCCAAUUCACAAAAGACCUGUUCAGGAUUUGGCAUUUGCAGUAGCCCGAUUUAUACAAAAAGGAGGAUCCUUUGUAAACUACUACAUGUAUCAUGGAGGAACAAAUUUUGGCCGCACAGCUGGAGGUCCUUUUAUCACUACCAGCUAUGACUAUGAUGCUCCACUAGAUGAAUAUGGUUUAAUUAGGCAACCAAAGUAUGGUCAUCUAAAGGAGCUUCAUAAGGCUAUUAAGAUGUGUGAGAAAGCUUUAAUUUCAACCGACCCAGUUGUUACCUCAUUAGGAAACUUCCAACAGGCUUAUGUAUACACCACAGAGUCUGGAGAUUGUUCGGCUUUUCUCUCAAACUAUGACUCCAAAUCUUCUGCAAGAGUGAUGUUCAACAAUAUGCACUAUAACUUACCUCCGUGGUCCGUCAGCAUCCUCCCAGAUUGUAGAAAUGCUGUUUUUAACACAGCAAAGGUUGGAGUGCAAACAUCUCAAAUGCAAAUGCUGCCUACAAAUAGUGAGAGGUUCUCAUGGGAGAGUUUUGAGGAAGAUACUUCUUCUAGUUCUGCAACUACAAUAACUGCUUCUGGUCUCUUGGAACAGAUAAACGUAACGAGGGAUACAAGUGAUUAUCUUUGGUAUAUAACUAGUGUUGAUGUAGGUUCAUCCGAAUCCUUUCUCCAUGGAGGCAAGCUCCCCAGUCUCAUUGUUCAGUCAACUGGGCAUGCUGUGCAUGUUUUCAUCAAUGGUCGACUUUCUGGUUCUGCCUAUGGAACGAGGGAGGAUAGGAGAUUCAGAUACACUGGCGAUGUAAAUCUUCGUGCUGGAACAAACACUAUAGCUUUGCUCAGUGUUGCUGUUGGACUUCCAAACGUGGGCGGACAUUUCGAGACUUGGAACACAGGAAUCCUAGGUCCAGUUGUUAUCCAUGGACUUGAUAAGGGAAAGUUGGACUUGUCUUGGCAGAAGUGGACUUACCAGGUUGGGCUGAAAGGAGAGGCCAUGAAUCUUGCAUCUCCAGACGGUAUCUCUUCUGUAGAGUGGAUGCAGUCUGCGGUAGUUGUUCAAAGAAAUCAGCCACUGACAUGGCACAAGACUUUUUUCGAUGCUCCUGAAGGAGAAGAGCCAUUGGCAUUGGAUAUGGACGGUAUGGGUAAAGGUCAAAUAUGGAUUAAUGGGAUAAGUAUCGGAAGAUACUGGACUGCUAUAGCUACUGGUAGUUGCAAUGACUGCAACUAUGCCGGGUCAUUUAGACCUCCAAAGUGCCAGCUUGGCUGCGGUCAACCAACUCAGCGAUGGUACCAUGUACCGCGAUCUUGGUUGAAGCAAAACCAUAAUCUGUUGGUUGUUUUUGAGGAACUUGGGGGGGACCCUUCAAAAAUUUCAUUAGCAAAGAGAUCAGUGAGCAGUGUGUGCGCUGAUGUAUCAGAGUAUCAUCCUAAUCUUAAGAAUUGGCACAUUGAUAGUUAUGGAAAAUCGGAAAAUUUCCGUCCUCCAAAAGUUCACUUGCAUUGUAAUCCUGGUCAAGCCAUCUCUUCCAUUAAAUUUGCAAGCUUUGGAACUCCGUUGGGAACCUGUGGGAGUUAUGAGCAAGGAGCUUGUCAUUCUUCUUCAUCUUAUGACAUCCUAGAGCAGAAAUGUAUAGGAAAGCCAAGAUGCAUAGUAACUGUAUCAAACAGUAAUUUUGGGCGAGACCCGUGUCCGAAUGUAUUGAAGCGGUUAUCAGUUGAAGCUGUUUGCGCUCCGACUAUUGCCAAUUAAAGGAGCUGAUUAGUUAACAAAGCACCCUUUUUAAGUGUAAUUUGCAGUGACUUUAUUAGCAAGUAAAGUUGAAAGAGUAAUAAGAGUAGAAUAGGUAAAGUGCGAAUAGUUUUUUAGGGGAGUCAGUAUCUAAUAUGCUGUGCCAAAGGCACAUGGUUUUUAUUUAAUUUUAAGCAGUGUUGUUUUCUUAAUGGGAUUGUAUUUAAAAUUAGUCAUUUAUGAAUAGUUGAAUCUGAAACCAAGGGUCUAAGAAUUGGACCCUUGUGUUGAGAGUGUGAAUUUGGAGUCAGUUCCCAGCCUAUAUGUUUUAGUUUGAUAUGGCACUGGGAACAAAGGCAAUUUCAGUGUUUUCGUUUGUUUUACUUACUGGAGUAAAUUAAACUCCAAAUUAGGUUCAAGUUAGGAAUGGAUCCUAAUGUAACCAUGAAGUUUGUUAGAAGUUUAUUCAGUGCAAUUUGUCUAUUAUAUCA